GUUUGAAUGCGCUUGAAGCAACGCAUUGAUGCUGUUUCUCCGUGUGAUUGUACCUCAUUAUGAGUUGUGUUGACGUUAUGUAUCAGCCUUAUGCAUCGGGAUUUUCUUACCACCGCCACACCUCCGAACCGCCACAGGCUUUCGGCGUUCCCAGGAUGCACGAGCCGCUGGACCUGGGCAGCUACUCGGCGUCAACGUGCACUUCAACGACGGGGCCGGUGAAGGAGGAGGAGGAGGACAAGGGUUCGCAACCCAAGGAGACGCAUUACCUGAACGCCAACUGCGUCCUACUGACGUACUUCUCGGGCGAUACGUCAUCCGUCGUGGACGAACACUUCUCUAGAGCUCUCAGUCAGACGAGCAGUUUCAGUCCCGACUCACAAAACAACAAACAUGUCGUUAAAGUAAGGCACAUAAAAUCGUAUCUCUGCACACUGCAGAGUCAAAUGAAAUUUUGGCAGGUCUUGAUUGCUCCUUCGAAUACAGUAACUGUCAAGUGCAGUGUCGGAAGUUUUGGAGGUUUCCUUUAUAGAAUCUUAUUCGGCUAUAUAGAAAGAAAAUAUUUUUAUUUUUGUAAAUGGUUUUUUUUUUUUUUUUUUUUUUUUUUUCCAGACUCACCCCUCAUGUCUCAGAGGAAUUUCCCGCCAUCCUUCUGGAACAGUAACUACCAGCCUACGACGGGACUCAUGGCAUCGCACCACGACUUUCAGUUCUCGUCUGCUCCCUAUUUUCCGUCAUCCUUGCACGGCAUCUCGAGCUUACACCAAGACCCCUGGCAUUACCCUCUCUCCUCCCAGACACACGGCGUGUCGUAUCCUCACAGGUCCAUGCACUACGACCUGUCCUACCCGUCCAUGGCCAGCACCAGCAGGUUUUCCCCUGGAAACUACGGCACUUUGUUGAUGCAGCCCUCCAUGAGAUCGAGUCAGUUUGGAAGCAUGGCGGGACAGUGCGAUCUCACGAAGCCGUCCGACGCAUCCAGACCCAGAUACCCCGAUCACAGAAUAGGAUCAGACUUCCCUUCACAUACUGCUCUGCCAGGGCUCGACAGUUCCAUCCAGGAGGCGGGAAAAGAUCUCUACUGGUUUUAGAGGGCUACAAAAAAACCUGUAUAGCAUGCGACUGGAGAGUUCAGGCCCAGAGCCCAAUCCUCGGGUCAUAUUUGUGCAGUUAAGCUGAGAGAGAUUGCCAACAAGUUCCAAUUAGUGUCUUUGGAAGAGUUAUUCGCCCAUCCAAGAUGGCUGCUAGCUGGGACGAUCGAUUCGAUAGCUGGGAACAUGUUGGUUCAGGGAUUAUCACGCUCAAGGAAACCAUCUGAGAAAUGUGGAUUCGCUCUGGACAACUCCCGCCUUGGAGAAGCAGCAAGGUUUUGUUUGAAAGUCCUCGCUAAACAUCAUGGUAUCUGCGACCAGACUGCUCGCUGUGGUUUCGCUUAUGUCCCGCCAAUAAAGACGGGCGAUGUAUUUCCCGCUUUUUUUCCACAAGGGAGACAACUGAGUUCUGUCUACAGAAAAAGACGUAUUGCGUUGAGGUUCGAGCGAUUUCAGUGAAAUCUUUGAUAUACCACGUGUUGUGUUCUGACAGAAGUGAGGAUAACAAUGACAUAAGUUCUGUUCCUAUGGUGGGAGAACGCUGAAAGAACUUUUAAACUCAUGACAUGUCACAUGACAGCAGUCUCGGUAGUGUGUAGUGUUCUGACCAGAAUAACGUCAGUGAUCUUAACCCAAAGCAUAAUCAACUUGGCAGUUAUAUUUUUUAUAUAGGAUAUUAAGAAUGCAGUUUAGCAUAGAAAUACAAACUGUUGAAAUACAAUAAAUAACAUCGCAACUUAAGAAAUAGUGGUAUCAUGCAAUGAAACAAUUAUGGGGUUUUUCUCCUAAUUUUUAAUGCAGUUUGGAAAAACUAAUUAUUGAAGGAAAAUUGUCAAUGUUUAAUAUUGUCCAAAAUCAAAAACAUGCAAGAGUAUGAUAUUAUAAUUUGACAAUGUUUUCAUCAUACGCCAAAUUUCAUUACAACUGUCAUCAGCGUGUGGAAAAUGAGAAAAGUUAACCAACAUCUUAAUACAUUAUUUUCAGUUGGUCACAGCCAUUUGUGUUCAUAUUACCGUCACGUUACCGUGAUUUAAAUGCAGAAGUGGACGUGUGUUGCAUACUAUACCGGGUGUUAUUGUUACCAAUAUGAAGAGUUGCGUAUUAUAUUAUUAACAUACCACACACAAAAUUGUCACGGUCAACACGCAGAGCUGCAAUGCUCGUACUGCAUCUGGAAUUACCAUCGUAUGCAGAAGUAUAUGAUGGUCAUUUAUUACACCGGACGUUGUGACUUGCAAACAAAUCUGUAUAACAGAUAUAUAACAGUUAUAAUACCGUAACUAAUAUUCAGAUUUGUGAAAGUCUCACUUGUCAUACCGGAAUUACGGAUAACAAUCUGAUUUAUAUAAUAUUCAUUUAUCAUACUAGAAGUUAUCAUGACAAAAAGGCAAAUGUGUAUAAUUGUCAUACGGUAAUGUCAUUACUCAUUAUUAGUCAUUCAGGUCACUGUCAUUAAAUCAUGCCAAAUAUAGCCUGUGAUAAAAUGUUAUUGUUAUUGUACAGAAACGUGUUAUCUUUUGUAAAUAAAAUCAUGUCAAGAAUCUCA